AUGACCAAAGAGUCGUCGCACGAGUUGAGGACAUUGGUUGAUGACUGUGAGAAGCGGGUCAGCUCGUUGGAGUUUCACAAGCUCAAAAUGGAUGGAAUGGCUGAGGUAAUUGUUAUUACAUUACUAACCACGAAGCUAGAUUCUGAAACCAGAAAGUGCUGGGAGUCGACUAUUGAACACGGUAAAAUGCCUACUUAUAAAGAUACGGUCGCCUUUCUACGGAAACGGAGCUAUGCACUUGAGCGCUGUGAGCAGAUGUCGGGGACAUUGAAGAAUAGAACAGGAAACGAGAAACUGAAGAGCACUGUAAUGUCCAGUAAGGUGCAUUCAGUGGUGGUGCAGAAAUCUGACGAAAGUUGUCCAGUUUGUGAACUAAGUCAUACUGUUGAAAGGCAUCACAGUUUGAUGCACCCAGAGGAAAGGAAACUGGUACCGUCAAACCCUUCACAAGCUACAGCCAAUAUGAACGGACGUUCCAAUGAAGGGCCGCUAACUGCGGCAAAGUGCAUGAUCCCGAAUCAGCCAUGUGAAACUACGAAACAUGUUCUUUUGGCGACUGCUGUAGUUGGAGUUGAAGAUGUGACUGGUGUGAUUCAUCAGUGCCGUGCCCUGCUAGAUUCUGGUGCUAUGGCGAAUUUUCUCUCGGAGCGGGUAGCGGAUGUGCUCCGUCUACCAAAGAGCAGCGUAAAUAUUCCAGUCAUCGGUGUGAAUGGAAUGAAGUCGGGAGCAAAGUUCAAAGUCCAGGCUGCAGUGCGAUCCAUGGCAACGGACAUUGGUUUCAAUUUGGAUUACUUGAUAGUGCCUAAGAUAACGGGCGCUCUACCAGCGAAAAGGAUCGAUGUUUCAAGUUGGCCGAUACCGAAAAAUCUUGUGUUGGCUGACCGAUUUUUCAACGAACCAAGCCGUAUCGACAUGCUCAUAGGUGCGGAAGUGUUUUUUGAGUUACUCCAAGCAGGUAAAAUACGAAUGUCUAGUGAUCUUCCUCUGCUUCAUGAAAGUGUUUUGGGUUGGCUUGUGGCCGGUCCUGUCACCGAGGUGGUACCCGUCAACGCGGGUUUGUCAAAUAACAUCCAAUCCAGUCUUGAAUCGGGAGAGAACCUGCAUGAACUGUUGAAACGGUUUUGGAUUAUCGAGGAGCAAGUAUUGGAUGCAGAAUCUUCUUCCUUAAUUGACGAUUGUGAAAAACAUUUUAUGCAGACGCAUACGCGUACAGAGGACGGAAGAUACGUUGUAAUGUUGCCAUUUCGAGACAACGUAUGCGACCUGGGAGAAUCACGAAGGCAAGCUGAGAGACGUUUCUAUUCACUGGAAAAAAGGUUAGCCAAGAAUCCAGAGUUGAAACAAAUGUACGACAAUUUUAUCGACGAAUAUUUGGCGUUGGGGCAUUGCGUGGAAAUUGAUUGCACUGGUUCAGAGGUCGUAGAGUGCGGCUAUUUUCUUCCUCAUCAUUGUGUGGUGAAGCCGGACAGCUCUUCGACAAAACUUAGAGUUGUAUUUGAUGCUUCUGCUAAGAGUGAGUCUGGACUUUCUCUGAAUGAUGUUAUGAAUGUUGGGCCCACAGUGCAGAGCAGUCUCUUCGACAUAACGUUACGGUUUAGAACAUUCAAAUACACGUUUUCAGCAGGUGUGCCAAAAAUGUACCGGUACAACACAGGAAAAAUCCAAAGAAUCCUUUUCCGAAAAAGUGGUUCUGAACCUCUGAAAGAGAUUGAAUUCAAGACGGUGACGUAUGGAACAUCAGCUGCACCUUUUUUGGCUACUCGAUCAUUGAAUCAGCUUGCUGGCGAUGAGAGUGAUGCAUUUCCAAAAGCUAGUGCAGCAGUAAAGAAAUCUUUCUAUAUUGAUGAUAUUCUCACUGGAGCAAAUACGUUGGACGAAGCUGUUUCCCUCCAGAAAGAUUUGAUUGCGUUGCUCCUUAGAGGCGGCUUUGACCUACAUAAAUGGUGUGCCAAUCAUCCAAGGCUAUUAGAAGGUAUUCCAACGGAGGCCCAGGAGAAGCAGAUGCACUUUGAAGAUAGUGCCAUCAACGGUGUGAUCAAAACGCUUGGCUUGAGGAAACCAACGAAGCGGCAAGUGCUCUCGGAGACAGCGAAGAUUUUCGAUCCACUUGGGUUACUCGCGCCAACCGUGGUGAUUCCUAAAUUGCUAAUGCAGCAUCUGUGGAAAGACAAACAAGAAUGGGAUGAGCAAAUUCCGGACGAACUUCAGCAUAUCUGGAAUCGUUUCAGAUCUGAACUUCCACAAAUUGGAACUGAAAAAAUUGAUCGACGUGUAACUACCGAUGACGCUGUCAAAUUGCAAUUACAUGGGUUUGCUGACGCAUCCGGUGUAGCAUAUGGUUGCUGCGUUUACAUGAGGAAUGUGAAGCUGUGA